CGUAGCACUGACAGACAUAGCUAACUAUCCGUGCUACGGUAGAAAGUGCGAGGUAGCACCGAUAGUCGGAACACCGGUUGAAACGAAUCCAAUCCGAUGUGGUGUGUGUCGUAUAUUUCCUAUAUAUUUUUAAUAAUUGAUAUAUAUUUUUUAGAAAUGUCAGCUACCAGCCACGGUAGUUUUAUGUACUUUGCGUUUGGAAGCAACUUAUUGAGGGAAAGACUGCAGCUAAAGAAUCCAUCGGCUUCGUUCGUCUCUACUGGUCGACUAAAGGACUACAAGCUGAACCUUGGCUUGUGGGCGGAACAUGUUGAAAACUCCUGGCACGGCGGAGUGGCCACCAUCGAGUCCUGUCAGGGCGAAGAGGUGUGGGGUGUAGUCUGGACUUUGAGCAAUGAAAACCUCCCAACCUUAGACAAGCAGGAAGGUGUGAGCCAAGGAAACUACUCUCCACUAGAGGUCUCUGUUGAGACUGACCAGGGGGUGAAACAAUGCAGGACGUACCAGAUGAACAAUUUUCACGCCUGUCCUCCAUCUCCACAGUACAAAGAGGUGGUGUGCAUGGGAGCAGCACAGAACGGGCUUCCAAAGGAAUACCUUGAGAGACUGCAGGCCAUUCAGACCAACAACUACUCCGGCCCCUCAAUCCUGGAUCAAAUUAGAGCCACUACCAGCUCCCUGGAACUAACUGAGCAAACUCACAUUAAUAUAACUAGUUCUUAGAACAUUUCAGCCUCAUCACCCAUUUAGGCUUUCAACUGGCUACUGUAUUCCUCUUAUUGUGGUAGAUGUAAUUGUAGUUACAUCUAUGAUGCUUUCCUGUAAAAAAUAAAUAAAUAAAAAAAUCAUCUAGACCUGAAGGUCAAUCUGCAUUUUGCUUGUUGAAUAGAUUUACCUCUUGCUGUGUCGUAAUAUUGUAAGCAUCCAAUCACAAGAUAGUUGGUGCGGCCCAGCAUGCAGCCUGAUGAAUAGUAAAAUUAAACAGUAUUAUUAGUAAUAUUACACCGCCAAUAACACAUGACUGAAAUUACUAGAUGUCUUCUGAAAAUACUCUAACAUGAGCAUAUUUUAUUAAAUAAAAGUGAAUCAUUUGUUUAAAAGGAAACCACUUUAUUUUUUUAUUUCUUUUGUUUUUUUUUUUACACCACAGUGGCCUUGGACAGAAUGUUUUACUUUUAUAUCUAACCCAACACUUUUCAUACUCUAGUAGUUAUAGAAAAUACUAAUACAAAAAGAAGCAGCCAGGAAAACAAAACCAAUGCACAGGAUUAUUCAGCAAUGUGUGAGUGUAGUUUAAUCUUUGCUCAAUUCUAUGCAGACGUGUGGACCUCGCAAUGGCACAAAUUAAGUUAUUCUGACAGGAA